AUGGCUGAUUGUUGUGGCAAUCUACAACAACAACAACAACGACAGCAACAACAACAACAACAACAACAACAACAACAGCAACAACAGCAACAGCAACCGAUAGCAGUAGUACCACUGAUGACAUCAUAUCCACUACAACCAACACCUGUAUUGCAACAAGAAAAACAAUGCAAUUGUGAUAGUUUACUAGCACAAGUGAAAUUAUGUGAUUGUGCAAAUAUUGAGCGAAAUCAAUGUGGUUGCACACCAGCUGCACGCUUAAAUUGCAAUUGCGCUGAAUUGCAAGAGCAGCAUGGAAAUUGUGGAUGUGGACCACUUAAUUAUGAUUUGAAUUGCAAUUGUCCGAAACAAAGAAUUCGCUGUAUGCCUGCAUGCAUGCCUGAUUGUUCAAAGCAAUGUAUUGAUCAACAAUUGACCAUCUUUAAUAGUCAGUAUCAGCAACAACAACAACAGCAACUACUACUACCACAACUACCACUACAAAUGGAGUGCAUUGCAUUCUGCAUGCCGUUUUGCGAAUCGCAAUGUGUGAAAAUGUUCGAGCCAGGUCAGAUACAACCUUAUUUGCAACCUUUCAUGCUGCAGUCGCAACCACAACCAUCAGUUUUUGACAUGCAGAAUGAACUUUUCUAUAUCAACAAUGCUCAACAGCAACAACCAUCAAUUUUCACGAUACCCUUGCAAGGUCAAUCUUCUCUACCCCUUUCAUCACAGUCUUGUCCACCCAAUUGUGCAGCUAACUGUCCAUCUCAGUGCAACACUCAGAACUGCUGUCAAAUGUGUCAAAACUUGCUACCCUGUCAGCCCACUGUUUCACAAAGCCAACAGCCGGUUCCAGUAGUACAAACGAAGCAAUCCCAAUGCGUACCAAAUUGCAUGCCAUUCUGUGAACCGCAAUGCAUUCAACAAGCUUGCACACCUGCCUGUCACCCAAUGUGCGAACCACAAUGUAUAGAGAAAGUACGGAAUCAAGUAUUACUCCUUGCGCAGCAACAAUCACAGCCAGCUCAUUUCUUACCUCAACAACAAUUAUUUCACAUUUCACCUCAAUCAGUACAACAACAAACGAUGCAUGCACUACGACCACCACCGAUACCUCAAAAAUAUUGCAUAGAGCAGUGUAUGCCUCAUUGCUCGCAAGAUUGUGUGCAAAAAUUUUGUGUUGAUGAAUGCAAACCUGAUUGUUUACCGGAAUGCAUGAAGCAACAAAGGAAAGUUUUUCUUGUCACGCAACAGGAACAACAACAACAACGGGAACGACAAUGUGCAACACAAUGCCAACCAGAAUGUCAACCGGAAUGCAUUGCGCAAGCUUGCGUGUUAGCAUGUCAACCGAUGUGCGAUCCUCAAUGCACGCAGCAACAGGAGCCCAUCGUAAUAACAAAUGGAGCACCGCUAACAGAAGUAUCACCUGCCAAAAUCUGUUUAUCAGCAUGCAUGCCAAAUUGUUCACAAAACUGCUUGUAUGAACAGCAGAAAAUACAAACAAGCCCAUUCCGGCUGCAUUGUCCACAAGCAUGUCAACCGGAGUGCAAACAGCAAUGCAUACAACAACAACAGGAAAUGUGCUCCAAAACAUGCUUUCAGUCAUGUCAAACAUCUUGCAACAAUAAUGCACGUUGUGUACAAGAAUGUAGCGCAAAUUGUGAACUUUCGUGUAUGGACUUUCUGCAACAAAUUCCGCAAGCAAUAUCUCCAAUUAAGCAGCAUUCACCGGAACACGAAAUACAAGGAUGCGGAAUGACUUGUAAGGCUAUGGAACCAUUGCGUUGCGUACCUCAAUGUCAACCAACAUGCAUGAAAUCAUGCAUUGAGCAGCAAACAUCCGGUCAAUAUCAACAGCUUCAACCUAUGAGAGAUUGCAUGCAACAACAGUCUAACGGAUGUUCUUGCAUGAUCGGAUAUACGCCUUGCUCGCAGAACAAUUGUUGCCUGAGGCGACGACAUCAAGUCAAACAAAAACAAUAA